AUGCAUUAUGUAGCUGCUAUUCAGCGUAGAUCCUUCAAUUUAGUUCAAGUCCACUUGGAUACACCUUCAUCGCACAUGAUAGACAUAUCUGGAGAUAAUUCCGACCAUUCGUCAUACUCUGAUAUGUGUCAGCAACUUCCCCAUUGGACUCUUCUGCCUUGUCUAAGAGCAAUUUGUCAAAAUAUGUGGCAAAUUCUAUUGUGUUAUCAUUGUACAAUACAAUGGCAUAAGAAUCGUGCUGCUGGUAAAAGUUCGAAAAGCGCCUCUAAAUCCCCUCAGUUGAACUGUAAUCCAUUUUCCUCGGACACUUUACUCAUGAAAUCAAAGCAGCAUAAAACUAAAUUAAAAGAUGGUGAAAUAGACAGUAAUAUUAGUAAUAAUAGUAAUAAUAAUAUGACCACGGGUGAUAAUGACUCUGCAAUUGUUAUUACUGAUCGAAACAGUCCUUUAUCAAAAUCGUCAAGUGUAACCAAUGAUGAUCAUGGAUGUGAUCCUGAAUUGGCUAGACAGUGGCAUGAUUAUGUCGCGUGUAAACUGGAUUCCGGUCGAUCACGUAUUUGGUCUGAAAUAAUCUCACGUAUUGAACCGAUUCUUAGUGUUGUUGGUUUAGUUGCUAGAGAUAUGACAUUUGAUCAAAUUGCAUCAUUGUUAACUACUGUAAAUCAUUUUGUACAUAUUGGUGAAGAAUUCUGUGAAUGCCCAGCCAACGAAUUACUGGAAGCUUUAAGAAUAUCAAUACAAAAGUAUUUCAAAGAUUUCCACAGAAAACAUAUGGAACGAUUAAAAAUGUUUUUAGAAAAUGAAACAUGGGAAAUAUGUCCUGUGAAACGUUCAUUCACUGUAAUGGAUCUUCAGGAGUUUAGAGCUGUCAAAGAUUUAUUUGAACAAAAUACUGGUAGUAAUAAUAACAAUAACAAUAAGUAUACUACAAGUGGAAAUCAUAAAACUAAUCAGAAAAUAACUCAACAAAUGUUUCUUCAAAAUCGCAAAAGAAAAAAGACUAAAAAAUGGUCGAAUACAAAUUCAUCCUAUGAAGAUAAUGAUGAUUAUAAUGAGGAGAAUUUGUCAUCUGCUCAAAAUGAUCUUUCUGAUGAUAAAUCACUUCCGGUUGGUCAUAACGGUCCACUGUUCUCAACAACUACAUUAGAAGUUCUCCGUCUAAUUGGUCGCUAUUUACAAAUGAUGAGACUGUUACAACCGAUUGCUGGAGAAGUGAUGCACUGUUUAUGCCAAGUAUUCGAUUAUUAUUUAUAUUCAAUCCUGAAUCUUUUUGGUUCCCCUCAGAUUUCCAAUUCAGCUGAACUUCCAGAACGUCUUCGUACAACAUUGAAACGAAUCAAUGAACGAUUAAUAGCAGUGGAUGGUCAUCCAAGUGUAUUAGCAGGGGAUCGUUUCUCCUUGCCAUUACGUGGACCUAUUGAUUUAUUUAAUACCUGCAAUUCACCUACUGAAAUCAGUUCAACAGUGACCGGCACAAAUGGCGCUGAACGUGAAUGUCAACUAGUACAUUGUCUACAGAUAUAUGUUGUCUCAGUGGAGUCAGUUAUUUGUUUAGCAGAUAUAUUAGAAACAGUCCUUCUACCACAUUUAACAGCUUGUCUACCAGAUAAUAAACGUGGUCUAGCACUUGUAUUCCGUGAACAAUCAUUAAUGGCAGCUCGACAAAUUCGUGAACCUUGUGCCACGGGAUUAGCACCACAAUUAUUAAAUAUCAUAAUACCUAAAAUGAAUGAUGCAUCAUCAGCAAAGUAUCCUAGACAGUCGACAACAAGUAACAGUAAUGCAUCGAACACUUCAAGUUUCAGUAGGAUAUGGCCAAUAGGCUCUAGUCUAAGUCAACAACAAAACCAAAGUGACAAGGAAUCUCCAAAUACUACUACUACAGCCAAUACAAACUCUCCACCUCAGAAUCCCGCUAAUAUAACCCCUGUUAAUUCUCCUCUUACUACUAAUUCAGUCGAUAUUCUUGCUAUGCAUAUAUGUGCAUUGAAUUGGUCAACUAAAGAAGUUGCCAAUACACCGAAUACUUAUAUCAAUAAUAUUAAUACUUACAUAUUCUAUCCAUUUUCAUUAACAAUACAAAAUAUAUCACAGAAAUUUAAUCUACAAAAUCAUAUAAUGAUUAUUGUCAUUUGGAAUGCAUUACUGGCUUGUCUAGCUACUCAGCUCCUAGAAGCAUUUGGACGUGUACAACAAUGCUCUGAUGAAGGACGUGGACAAAUGUUAUUAGAUGUACAAACAUUAGCCGUAUACGCUCAAUCGGCUAGUAAAAUACGUUCAUUUCCUAGAUUGGAUCAUGUUAUUGAAUAUAUUCAAGCCUUCUAUAUACCUGUACACGAAUGGGAACACUGGUUAACAAAUUGUGGGACUAAGUAUUCACGUGCCCAACUCACUGGACUUGCAUCAUGUUUAUCACGAUCUGAUAAACGCCAAUAUCAACGUCUUUUAAACACGAUCAAUCAAAUUUAUAAUAAUAAUAGUAACAAUAAUAAUAAUAAUAAUACAACAAAUCAAGCAACACAUUCAUCCUUCUCAAAUAAUUUACUUGCCAAUACAGCCAGCUAG